AUGUCCACCACCACCGAGACCAAGCAGCGCACAGUUGCCGCUCGCUUCGAAACCAAAGACUUGAUCACUUUCGACAAGGAUCACGUCUACGGUGACUGGCGCGACGAGUUCCACAAGAAUGGCUGCGUAUUGAUCAAGAAUGUCAUUACCCCCGAGCGCGCACAGUACUACUGCGACAAGCAAAUCCAGUGGCUGAAGAACUUUGAGCUUGGCUUUGACGAAAAGAACCCGGACACCUGGACGGCCGAGCACCUUCCCAUCAGCUUCAAGGGUGGCAUGUACUAUGCUUAUUGUGCGCCUCAUGAGAGGAUGGCUUGGGAGGCUCGGACUGAGCCGAAGGUUGUUGAGAUUUUCGAGAAGCUCUGGGGUACUAAGGAGCUGAUCACGUCCUUUGAUGGAAUGAAUAUUUCUCUGCCGAACCGCAAGGAUCUUAACUGGAGUCCUUGGCCGCAUUGCGACCAGAACCCGGAGCGUAAGGGUAUGCAAGCAGUUCAGGGUCUCCUGAACUAUGCCCCUAACGGUCCCAAGGAUGGCGGCCUUAUGCUCAUGAAGGGAUCUGCAAACCUAUGCCCCCCUCCUGAGCUUCAGUACAUGGAUCUAUUCCUCUUCAGCGAAAAGGAUAUCAAGUGGUUCGAGGAGCGAGGCUGUGAGUUGGUCAAGAUCGACAUGGAGCCCGGUGACUUUGUCCUUUGGGAUUCCCGUACUAUGCACUAUGCUUGCUUGCCCGAGGGUGAGCAGAUUCGCCAUGUGCAGUAUAUCUGCAUGACGCCGAGGAAGUUUGCAGAUGAUGAAGCUUUGAAGGCGAAGAAGUACUGUUUUGACAAGUUCAUUGGUACUACCCACUGGCCUCAUUGCAACAUUCGUCCUGCCGAGGAAAAGCCUAUGAGAGAUGGAGAGGUCUGCCCUAAGUACAGGACUGAGCCAUUUGAGAAGCCGAUAAUCACCGAUCAGGUGCUUCAAUUGGCUGGUGUUAAGCCUUACUAA